AUGGCUAGUCAAGCAACUUUGGAUAGUAGUAUACAACCCAUGUUUCCUGAAGAAUUGUCACUGACUGAACGCGACCUCAAUAAAGCUAUUGAUAUUACUGUUUUUCCUAACCUCGAGCUUAAUUUUAGCUGCUCAUUGGGUAUUCGUCUUGGCCUGUCUGAGGCAGAAAUUACAGCUAUCGAUAGAGACAAAGACUCAGAUCAAGAUAAAGUCGUUGCUCUGUUUUUGAAAUGGCGAGAAAGAAAAGGAUCAGAUGCAACGUACUUCUCAUUAAUGAAAGCUCUUAUCGAAUGCAAUAACAAAGAAGCAGCGGAGAGGCUGUGUCGGUACUAUCAGGACAAGCACCAGACAUCAAGUGCACAGAAAUUUAAACAGCUGUCACAUCUUCAAAAACCGAGUCAUAGCUAUGGACAUUCAAAUAGUGAUUUGGUUGAUAUUGGUACUCAGGAUACCAGGAAAUGUGCCUGGAAGAUUGUUGAUAGAUACUGUGAUCAGAUAGUUAGUAUUCUUCGAAAAGAUGCUAUCCUUUGUAACAGUAUGCUGGAACUACUAGUAGAUAAAUUUCUGAUUGAGUCAGCAGAGCAAGAUGUUGUACAGCAAUUGCCAAAUUUGGAUAUCAAAAUUAAAGCAAUGAUGAGAUAUGUAUCUACCUUCAUCAGUCGAGCUAGAAAUCCUAAUCGUGCAUUUCUACGAUUUGCUUCUGUGAUUCAAAAUUUUGAAGAAUUUAAUCAAAUUUUUGAUAAAAUGAGGAUUGAAGCUUUUGAUGUCAAAAUUUGUAUCCCUCUUCAAUCAAUAAAGGCUACAAAGUUAUCUUCAAUGGUCAUUGCUAAAAAAGCUUCCUCCAUUUAUUCUGGUAAUUUUAAAAUUUAUCUUGACUAUGGAUUUAUUGAUAAAUAUGAUGAUGCUUAUGGCAAUGAUGUAAUAUCUCAAGUUUCAAUAAAGCAAUAUUCUGAUCAUUUAAAGAUAUGCUACAAGAAAAAGAAGCCUGACCCAAAGUCAUGUUUUAAGAUGAGCAUUUGCACUCAGUCAAAAUUUUAUGUUGAUCUGGCAUCUGUUAGAAAGCAAGGCUGCUCUGAUUCUUUCUCAUUAUCUACAAUACAUGGAACUGCUGAUGAUAUUUAUCAUCAUAAAGAGCCUCUCUCACUUGAGGAGCUAUGCAGGAUUGAGUAUGGAGAAGCUGUCUUGAUUGAGGGUGCCCCAGGGAUAGGAAAGUCAAUGCUUGCUUUUGAGAUAUGCAGUCGGUGGGUCAAGGGAGAAGCAUUGAAAAAAUAUCCUCUUUUGUUAUUACUUCGUCUGAGAGAUAGGGUUAUACAAAAUUGCAAAUCAGUGCGAGAGCUCUUGGGUUGUUUUCUGACGGAGCAGAAUUGGAAGGAUGCCACUGUUCAACAUAUAUUUAAUAAAAGUGGAAAGGGUCUGAUUGUUAUACUUGAAGGGUUUGAUGAGUUACCAGAAGAUCUUACACAGCCAGGUUCAGUUUUUUUAAAUAUUUCAGAAGAGUUGCCAUUUGCUUCACUGAUUUAUACCAGUCGUCCAUCAGCAAAGCACUAUCUGAGGCAAGAGAUUACAUUUAGUCAUCAUAUUGAAGUAAUUGGAUUUACAAGUAAAAGUAUCAGUCAGUACAUCCAGAUUUUUUUUCAAGACAACCCUGAGUAUAUUAAAACCUUCAAUCAAUAUUUAGAUGAGUCACCAAAAGUACGAGACUGUCUCUACACCCCUGUCAAUCUUUUUAUCAUAUGCAAUAUUUGUCAGCAGUACAUUAUGAACAAGGAGCAAGUGCCAUUUAAAGGUAUUGUAACUUCAACUAAACUGUAUGAGGCAAUGAUCAAAAUGUUACUGUAUCGACACAUUAAAAGUGAGGGCCCACGUAAGUUGAUAAAUGUUGCCUUGCAUGAUCUUCCUUCUUUGUACAAAGAAGAUUUCUCUUGUCUGUGUAAAAUGGCUUAUGAUGGGUUGAGAAAAAGAGACACUGAGCUGUUAUUUUACACUAGCAAAGAUAUUGAGACUCUUGGCAUGAUGCAGAAAGAAGUUCAGGUUUAUCCAGCAAUGGGUGGUGAUGUCAUUGCUUAUUCCUUUCUUCAUCUCACGAUGCAAGAGUUUCUUGCGGCUUACCACAUUUCUCAAAUGCCAAGAGAUAAAAUUGAAAAUACCUUUAAUAGUUUAAGAAAUGUAAUAAAAUUUUCGACAGUACUUUGUUUUUUAUCUGGUUUGACAGAACUUCAAUCAAUAUCCCCACGUGUUGAUCACAAAUUGUACAGCAUGACCCUAUUUCGUUGCCUAUAUGAAUCUGGAAAUGAAGCUCUCACAAAAAGUUUAUUCAGCAACAAGGAUAAAUUUUACAAGGUUCGUCGCCUACUGCCUAUACCUUCACCUCAAGACAUGUUCAUUCUUGGUAAGUGUAUAGCACUUAGUAGCUGUCAAUGGAGAUUGAGCUUUACACUCCGCGGAAUGACUUUUGAGUAUGUUGAGGAAUUUCAAAAAGGAUUGAACUCUGUAGAGUCUGGCCUAUUGUGUACAAUAGAGGAUAUCAGUUUCUCUCUUAAUCCAAUUGGAGAUGAAGGAAUAAUAGAGUUGCUACAAUUUCCUGAGCAUGUUCUUAAGAAUUUGAUUUCACUACGUCUAAUGAGCUGCAAAUUUCAUUCUUGUGCAGCCACAGAGUUUUCAAAACAGCUGAAAAAAUUUACUAACCUGAGAAAAUUAUUUUUCCAUAACAAUUUGCUUAAGGAAGGUGAACAGCUCUGCCUGAUAGAAGCGAUGAUACCACUUAAAUGUUUUUGUUUUACUUUUUCUAACCUUAGUCCUGAUGAGUGUGCAGUACUUCUAACCAAAGUAUCUAGUAUUGGUAAAGUUGAGCUUUACCAGUUGGGAUCCAGUAGCAUUGAAAAGGUCAUUGAAUGCUUACCUAACUCACUGUCUCUCAAAGCUUUACACAUUGAACAAAGUCAUUGCACUCCAGAGAACCUCAGCCUCCUACCCACAACACUCCCUUCCUCUACUCUCACUAAAGUAGAGCUAGUUAAUUGUGCCAUUGAUUCUAGCAGUGUUCGUACUGUUAUUGAUGCAGUGCUAAUGUCUCGCCAUCUAGAAGCUCUUAAUUUGAGGGAUAAUUAUAUUGAUGAUGAAGGAGGUGCUCAUCUGUGCUCUAUGCUCAAGCAGCUUUUUGGCUCAUCUGAAGAACCUGCUACUGACUCCAACAGCAGUCACAGUUUUAAUUUCCUUGACAUUGGGCAUAAUCCAUUUACGGGACAUGGAAUAUCAAGUUUUAUCGAUGAACUAGCUCACUUCAAGAGUGAUAGCACUAACUUCAUUCUCUCUUUAUCACUUGGUUGGAAGGAUUUAGUUUGUGAACAUGUUUCUUUUACAAAAGUUGAGCAGCUUAUAAAAUUUGAAAGUAAUGAGGACGAUUGAAUGUACAUUUUUUAACUUCUUAAUAAUUUUUAUAGUGA